AUGGCGAGCUACAAAGCGCCGGGCAGGGCGCUCGGCGUCGUCCUGGCUGUCGCGGCGCUCCUCGCCGCGGCGGCGAGUGCGGUGGACGACGAGCACAUGUACCACUGGAAGUGCUUCAAGUCGUGCACGGGGACCUGCCACGACGAGGACGCCGCCGCCGUUGACGACGUCGUCGCCGCCAAGGACGGCCACCACUCCGGCGGCAAGUGCAAGGACAGGUGCCUCAGCGAGUGCUUCGAGGACCUGCCGGCCCAAUGCUACCACCAGUGCGUCGUCACCAACUGCCUCUGCUUCCCACCCUUUAGCAAAGAGAAAACGGCGUGCCUGAAGAGCUGCUGCGAGAAAUGCUUCCACCACGGCCCGCCAGCGCCUGGUCCUGGCCCGAAGCCGCCUGCCCCGAAGCCGAGGCCGCCAUCGCCUGGUCCUCCGAAGCCGCCAACGCCGAGGCCGCCAGCGCCAAAGCCACCGACGCCCAAGACGCCGCCACCGCCCAAGAAGCCGUGUCCCUGUCCCCCCGGCAGCGACGAGGUGAACAACAACUGA